AAAAGUGUUUUGGGAACUAAAAAAGUGAAAGAGCUAAAAAUGAGUUUUGCUUUUCUAUUUUUAGUUUUGAGUUUUUAAAAUAUAGAAAAAAAGAAGAAAAGAGAAAACACGGAGAAGUUGCAGUUUUCUCCAAUGGCAUAGUUGUAAAUAGGUUUGAAGUCCAAGGGCAUUUUCAUUUUUUUAUCAAAAAAAAUUUGGAUCAGAAAAUUUCGUUCUCAUUUGACAAAACACGACCGUGAGAACACAGAGAAACGAAAAUGGCGAUCUCCACCACGAUCUCCGCCGUGAUUCUCUUUGAUCUCCACCGUUCUCCGCCGUGAUUCUUCUUCGAUCUCCGCCGCUAUUCUUCUUCGAUCUCCGCCGUGCUUUUUUCAGGUACAUCCCAAAGCUGCACAGUUUCAAAAGAAAGGGUGUGACCAUUAUAAGUUGUUGGAAAUCAAAUUCAACAAAAAUAAUGCCACCGGAGUACUUCAUCAUUCAUUUGCCCAAGACCCACCAAACAUGGAUGAAGAUAACGAGCUGAUAGGUACAGGGAUAGGAGUGCAGACGCUACUUCGCGUGUAACUUUGGAUUGUUCUCUUACCAAGUGUGUGGCUGCUCUUGAUGAACUAUAAGACAUUUCAAAUGUUUAUCGCCAUGUCUAAUGAGAGGAAGCGUGGAUGGGUACUUAGGCUCUAAGGAUAUAACUUGUAUUUGUUUAGGUUCUAGUGAUGAGACAUACAUACUUAGUUUUUCACUUUUCAGUUUUGGAUCUCAACUUAGAGUAAAGAAAAGAGGUCAAUUUAUUUUUUCAUUAUUUAUGCUUUCAAUCCUCAAGUUCCGUGGAAUCUUCUACACAAUAAAAGCCACUUCCUUCAGACACUGUCAUUCUUGGGGCCACAACAGGAUUUUUAUUUCCGAUAAAAAUCCGAAUGAGAAGCUAUGUAGAGUAGGGCUGUUCUGGGAUUUAGACAACAAACCACCCAAUUCUAUCCCACCUUAUGAAGUUGCCAAUAAGCUCAGAAUAGCUGCAGCUUCUUUUGGAGUUGUUCGACAUAUGGUGGCGUAUGCAAAUAGCCACACUUUUAGCAAUGUUCCCCACAUUGUUCGUGAGAGGAGGAAAGAACGGGAACUGUUGUAUCGUUUGGAGGAUAAGGGUGUGAUUAAGCGUAAUGAGCCUCAUGUUUGUCGUGUUUGUGGUAGGAAAUUUUACACGAAUGAAAAGCUUGUUAACCAUUUCAAGCAAUUGCAUGAGCGUGAGCAUGCGAAAAGGUUGAAUCGGAUAGAGUCGGCUAGAGGGAGUAGGAAGGUGAAAUUGGUGGGUCAGUAUGCUAUGAAAAUGGAAAAGUAUAAGAAGGCUGCAAGUGCUGUUUUGACUCCUAAAGUUGGGUAUGGUUUGGCUGAUGAGCUGAAACGGGCAGGGUUUUGGGUUCAAACUGUGUUAGAUAGGCCGCAAGCUGCGGAUAUUGCAUUGCAAAAGCAUAUGGUGGAUAUGAUGGAUCAUAGGCGGGUUGAGUGUUUGGUUCUUGUAUCGGAUGAUUCUGAUUUUGUCGAUGUUAUAAAGGAAGCAAAGCUACGGUGUCUCAAGACUGUUGUUAUUGGGGAUUUUAGUAGUGAUGGAGUCUUGAAAAGGACUGCCGAUACUGCUUUUUCUUGGGAGGAAAUUUUGAUGGGGAAGGCGAAGAAGGAGGCUGUAUCGGUUGUGGAAAACUGGAAAGAUCGUGAUAUAUUGAAAAGGUUGGAGUGGACAUAUAACCCAGAAGUGGAUAAAAAGAAACUCAACUUGGAUGAUGUAGUUCCUGAAACAUCUGGAGAUGAUGAUAUUGAUGAUGACUACAAGGAUGACAGAGGUCCUUGGUGGAAAUUAGACUCCGAUGAUAAUGGUGUUGCAAAUCGAUAAUCUCAGAAAACAAUCCAUCUUAUCUGUGAAGCUCACUUAACCAUUAGAUCUUCAACUUAACACAGAUUUGUGUGUACAGAAAUGGCAUGUUUGGUCCUCAAAUUUGUGAGGUAACAUUGUAACUCAAAAGAAUGGUUGUCAUGACUUUGAAAAUGAGAUUGAUUACUGCUAUCUCUCUUUUGCUUCCUAGUCUUAAGUAUGUUUUGUGUUUGUCUUGUUUUGCUUAGUCAUGUGACAUGUCAUGCAGCAACAUCUAUUUUUACUUGUUUAUUCAGGAACCAGAACUUAUAGGUUGCAGUGAAAUAUAUUGUGGCACAGUGCUCGUAUAUGUUUAUACAUUGUAAUUGUAAUGUAAUAGAACCAUGCAUCCUCGUUUUUAAGGGUAUGUUUAGAUGAAGGAUUUUGGAGAUCUAAGUCUAUACUUUGGAUAUACAAAUGAUCAUAUAAUAUUUCAAUCACACACGUAAUUCAUUUUUAGAAACAUUUUAUAGCUUCCUUAAUUUAAAAAAGAAAAAUAAGUCAUCCCCUCUAAUGUCGGAUUUGGGGUACAUUGGUGUGUCUUUAUAAAUGUUCCGCUAAGUUGAUAUUGAUUUUUGUUUUGAUUAUUAUGCCUAUAUUUGUGUUGGGGUGGGCAUAUCCUGAACAUUGUUUGAGAGUGAGAACACAAAGGAGGGAGAAGGAAAUCUCUACAUUUUUAUAUGACCAACUAAUAUUACUACAUAAUUAACAAAAAAAAAAAAAAA